GUAUUCGACUUCUUCGCAUCAGCACACGGAGCAUACAGACGUGCAAACCGCCAUUUACCUUUGCGCAGCAGCAAUCCUCCACGCGCCAGAGGAAUUCAGUUGUUGCUUUGCCGUCAUUGUCAACCUCUCGGCUACCUGCGCGUCCUCCUACCUUGUCGCCCUCUAUUUUUGUCCCCUUGCCUUGGCCCCCUUCGCACCCCCGUCUCUAGACAGCGCGCGUGCAUCCCUUCCACCCCAGCCACUUUUUCUCCACGUAUCUUUCCCUUCCUUUGCGCAGCACCCAUCGAGAGAAAAAAAAAACUCGACUACCGGCUGGACUGAACACACUUCUUACCAAGUCACGUCGCCAAUCGAUCCAGCCGACGCGCCUACUGGCCAUCAAUACCGUCGGCUCCUUCCGAUCGGAUUGCGCUGCAUGUCUGUCCGUAAUUGAUUGUCGGCGACACAUACAGCGUCCACGAGUUCGCGGGCCUCCGCCUCGUCGCGCCUUCCAUCCUCUUCCUUCUCAUCCUCGACCGCAUCACAAACCGUCGCUACUUUUCAUCGCCCAUCAUGUCUGGCUUCGGUAGCACUGGCUUUGGCGGCUUUGGCUCGACCAACAACCAGCCAUCAACUGGUUUUGGAGGGUUCGGGGCCAACAACAACACAACCGCCACCAGUACUGGCUUCGGCUCUGGCAACACAGCAAGCAAUGCCUUUGGAUCCACCAGUAACACCAAUGCUGGUGGCGGCUUGUUUGGUGGUGGCGGCGGUGGCAGCACCACAACCAGUGCUUUUGGCGGCACGUCAUCGGGCGGCUUCGGAUCCAAUACAGGCACAACCUUCGGCGCAGCGAAACCCGCCUUUGGUGCCACACCGUCUACCGGAGGUGGCCUUUUCGGUGCCUCGAACAAUACCAACAACGCAGCCACGACAUCCACGGGCUUUGGCGGCUUUGGCGCUAAUCCAACAACGAAUACCUCAUCGCCGUUCGGAGGAGCUUCCUCUAGCGGCGGAGGCCUGUUCGGCGGCGCCAACAAGCCCGCCUUUGGCUCUGCCACCAACACCAACACCACCGGUGGUACAUCGUUGUUUGGUGGUGGAAACACGUCUGGCGGCUUCGGCAGCAACACCACCACCGGUGGCGGCUUCGGCGCAUCGAUGAACCCCGGAAUCGGUUCCAACGUUGGUGAUCCGCCAGGUACCGCUCUCACUCCUUUCCAAGCACACCAAGAGAAGGAGACUACCGGAGCAGGCAAUCAGUCCAACUCAUUCCAAAACGUUUUGUUCCAGGAGCCGUACAAGAAGUGGUCGUCCGAGGAACUGAGACUGGCUGACUACGCACAAGGACGCCGUCACGGUAAUGCCAGUGGUACUGGAGCCUUCGGUGUUUCCAAUUUUGGCAGUGGCGGAUUCGGUUCGACGGCCAACCAGCAGUCAUCGGGUUUCGGAACGGGCGCAUCUACUGGAGGCGGUCUUUUUGGAGGCGGAAACAACACUACCAACACAACAUCAGCAACCAGCGGUUUCGGCAGCGGCUCUGCCGGAGGAUUCGGUGCUGGCAGCGGUGGUCUUUUUGGGAACAAUGCUGCUAAACCGGCUACUGGAGGCCUCUUUGGCGGUGCCACUGCCACCCCUUCGCAACCUGCUCAGUCCGGCGGACUCUUCGGCGGCGGCGCAAGCACAGGAGGCGGAUUCGGUACCACGGGCACGACCGGCGGGUUUGGUGCCACAAACACCAACACGGGCGGUGGUCUUUUCGGCUCAAACACCAACAACGCAAACCAGAACAAGCCGUCUGGCUUCAGCUUUGGGAACACUGGAGGAAGCGCUACCGGCGGCUUUGGAAGCACAGCUAAUACCGGUUUCGGAGCCAACAACACUAACACUGCUGUCAGCUCCACGGGUGGUGGGCUGUUUGGCAACGCUGCCCAGUCUACAGGUGGUGGGCUUUUCGGAAACAAUCAGUCGCAGCCUCAACAACAGAGCACGGGCUCGGCGUUUGGCGGAGGCGGCGGAUUCGGCGCACAAGCGCAACAGUCGGGCGGCGGGCUUUUUGGAAACAACCAGCAGAAGCCGGCAACGGGCGGUGGCCUCUUCGGGGGCGGAGGGGCGUCAACUACCGGCGGCGGCCUUUUUGGUGGUGGAAACGCUCCCUCCAACUCGUUCGGCGGUGCCAACACAACCAACAAUAGCGGCGGUGGGUUGUUCGGGGCAAAGCCAGCAACCACAGGUGGCGGUCUCUUUGGAUCAAACACGACUGGCCAGAACACGACCACUGGAGGCGGCUUGUUCGGAGGUGGGUUGGGCGCCAACAACAACAACAACCAGCAGCAACAGCAGCAGCAGCAGACUGGGCAGUCCUCCUUAUUCGGUGGCGGCCAAAACCAGACGAAGCCUGGCGGUCUCUUCGGCUCAUCUCAGCCUGCGGGUGGUGGUUUGUUCGGAGGGCAGAACACGCAGCAGCAGGGUUCCUUAUUUGGCAACAACAAUCAACAGCAGCAGCAACAACAACCCCAGAACUCGUUCCUUGGCGGCUCACUUCUGGGCAACUCCCAAGGUGUGAACUCUGGUCCCCAGUCCCUCACGGCUAAUAUCAACGACGUGUCUGCGUACGGCUCGCCGUCCUUGUUCUCCAACCUCCAAGGGUCCGAGACGCCCAACCCAGGCCCGCUUGCUACACCCCUUUCUAGCAAGUCCAAGCCCAGACGCAGCUCCAUUCUGCCCAUGUACAAGCUGAAUCCUGCAUCAGCCGCUCGUUUUGCGACUCCUCAGAAGAGGGGGUUCGGGUUCUCUUACAGCACAUACGGCACUCCUGGCGGUAGCCCUUCGAGUGCAGCGAGCACUCCUGGCGGUGCCAGCCGGAGUUUGCUCGGAUCUUCGUCGUUCAACCGGAGUCUGAGCAAGAGCGUAUCAACUAGCAACCUGAGGAGAAGCUUCAAUGCAGAGGACAGCAUUCUUGCGCCCGGUGCUUUCUCAUCCAGCUCAGGACCUCGAUACUACGGUCAAAAUGGCAGCGUCAAGAAGCUGAUCAUCAACAAGGACAUGCGCAGCGACCUGUUCUCAACCCCUACCAAGGAUAAACCUUCUUCCGACCAAGCCAAUGGUUCUCGCAAGCUAUCAAAGAGAGUUAGCUUUGACACCAGUACGAUGGAUGCCCCCGAAGGUGAUGACGACGAAAGUGUCAUCACGUCUACUCCCAGAGGUGGCGCGACCGCACAAGAUGCAGCACCCACUGGUGCCCAUGUCAGCGGGACCAAUUCAUCAGCUGGGACCUCCGGAGAAUCGGACCCAAGCAAGGGCAAGGAGCUUGCUAUCGUUCAUGAGGAGGAUGCAUCGUCACAGGCUAUCAUUCAUAAGGAAGGUCUCGAUGCGGCUCCCGGUGCUUACUGGAUGAGUCCCACCAAGGAGGUUCUUGCUUCCAUGAAUAGAGUGCAACGCCAGCAAGUCACAGGCUUCACUGUUGGCAGGGACAACGUUGGCAGUGUGCAAUUCAAAGUUCCCGUCGACCUCACGAACAUUGACCUUGAUGAAAUCUUCGGAGGGAUUGUCAUUCUGGAAACCCGUUCGGCGACCGUCUACCCCAUCGCAGCCAAGAAGCCCCCCGUGGGUAAGGGCUUGAACGUUCCGGCAACCAUCACUCUGGAGCAAUCUUGGCCGCGUGGCAGAGACAAGCGACCUAGCAACGAUGCUAAGCGAUUCCAUAAGCACGUUGAACGCCUUAAGCGCAUCGAGAACACAACGUUUGAGAAUUACGACACUGAGACGGGCAUUUGGAAGUUCUCGGUCGAGCAUUUCACAACAUAUGGUCUGGACUACGACGAGGACGAGGACGAAGCUGAGCAGCCUGCCGGUGAACAGCCCCGCCAAGACGUUUCUUUCGAUAAUGCCUCUCAGCAAGACUCGUAUGAUUCCGAGUCUAGUCCUCGGGAAGAUGACACAUUUGAUUUUCGCAGAAACAAGCGUCGCGCCUUGCCUGGGGCGUUCGACUACCGGGACGAGGACUUUGAGGUUCAAGAUGCUCAGCGACCUUCUCAUCCCCAGUCUUUUUUAGGAAAUAGCUUCGCGGGUUCGACGUCCAAUGCGCUAAUUUUGUCGGCGGAGGAGACCGACGACCAGGACAACGAAUAUGGCCUGUCUGAGGACGAGGAUACGGUGGGGACACCCCUCAGACGCCAUCUCGCCGCGGAGCAAACAAUCGAUCCGCCGCAGGACGAUGUUGCAGUCCCUACAAGCGAAACACCGGGUGGCAUUCUAAGGGCGAGAAUGCGAGCACUGAAGGGUUCGGCUACCCCCAUGAAGCUUCAGGUCGCCGGAGGAGACGAAUGGAUGGAUAUGCUUCAACGCUCUGUCAGCCCUCAGAAGAGAGAUCGAGCAUUUCUGCGAAGCGUAAACGAGGCAGCACUGCAACCGGCUGUCCAGGACGCUGAAGCAACGGGCCAGAGAGGCCGAGUCGUAUCUGACGGGCGCGGCUUCGCCACAAGCAUCGACUUGAUGAACUCGCUGUUCGAAAGGGCCAAGGCGCCAUCUGUGCCUGCGCCUUCGAGAGGAUUUGUUCAGUGGCCCUAUGAACGACAGACCAAAUCUUUUGUUGACCAAUCCGAUCUGGGUGAAGCCGACCGCUCCUUUUACAACUCCAUGAGGCCCAGUUGGGGACCCGACGGAACUUUGAUUUUUGCCUCCACCCGCUCCUCUCUCGAGGGCGCCGGCAGGCGAAACACGGCCGACAACCUCAUGAUCACCAAAAACUUCAUCCAGGCCCAGGGUCGCGAGAUCCAAUCGGCCAAAUUUUCCAAUGAAGCCUCCGCAAAGACGCUUGAGAACCAGAUACAGAUGACACGGAUAGAGCUCGCAGGGGGUGUUCCCAAGCCGUCUUUGCACCCUGUAUCGCUCAAGUCUCUUUUCCACGACCAGGACGUAAGCAACCCGGCCAGUAUGCACGAGAAACUCGUCUGGGAGCUUGCGAGCAUUCUCUUCGACGCGACUACUGCCGUCAACGAGACAGCCGAGGCUGAAACCCGUAGAAACGCCUUGUCGCGGUUUUGGGCAGCGCUUGUCGACUCUGCGUCAUCAAGGUCCGUCGCUCUCGCGAGAUCAGGUGAAGAAAAGGCCAUUGCUGCCUUGUCUGGUCAUCGGGUUCAGGACGCCUGUAAAUAUCUCCUCGACGGCAAGAACUUCCGCCUCGCCACCUUGGUGUCCUUAAUUGGCAGCAAUGAUCAGUCAAAGAAGGACAUGCGCGAACAAUUGAACGAAUGGCAAGAAGCCAACUUUCUAUCCGAGUUUGCUGAACCCGUUCGGGCAAUCUACGAACUUCUCAGCGGCAACUCUUGCGUUUGCGAGGGAAAGAAGGGUGUUCCCCUCGAGGACCGCAUUGAGUCUUUUGUCAUCUCCGAGCGAUUUGGACUGGAUUGGAAACAGGCCUUCGGCCUCCGUCUGUGGUAUUCCAUCCCACGAAAGGGCGAUCUUUCUGAUGCCGUCCGUCUUUUUCAAGAGGAUGUUGCCCAGGACAGGGAGCAGCGACCACAGACAUGGUAUCUUGAGCAAGGCAUUUCAGCGCUCUGGCAAGACCAGGAUCAGGAUCAGCGCGAGGACCUGUUGUGGGGCCUCCUCAAGCUCUUCGCGGACGAGGAGACCAACCUGGAAGCUGUGUUGCGGCCGGAAAAUAGCCAGCUGUCGCCUUUCGACGUUCGCCUGAGUUGGCAACUCAGCCGCGCCCUGGUCUCUACCAGCAAGGUGUCCUACGGACCUGGUGCAACCGAAAAAGCGGAUGCCCUGACCAUCUCCUUCGCCGAUCAACUGGUCAAUGAAGGAAGUUGGCUCGAAGCUACCUUUGUCUUGCUACACCUCAGUCAGCCCGAAAUGAGGGCCAAGGCUGUGCAGGACAACCUCUGCCGUCACGCCGGCCUUCUGGGACCGGAGACCGGCCCCAACUUUGUAACCCUCACGCAAACCAUGAAGGUUCCGUCGGCAUGGAUCUGGGAGGCUCAGGCUCUUUACAUGAGGGCCGUGAAGAAAGAUGCUGCUGCUGAGGUGCAGUGCCUGCUCCGCGCAGCCUCUUAUUCUGAAGCACACGAGGUCUUCGUGCACAAGGUGGCUCCGUCUUCUGUUAUCAGCCGCAAUUAUGACGAGUUGGCGGCUAUACUGUCUCGCUUUGAUGGCCACGAUGACGACAUUGCAGGUUGGACUCUUGGCGGCGAGAUUUACAAGGCGUUCCUGGAACUGGUGAACUGUUGCAGGCAGCGACAGCAGGUUCCCUUGCCCGUGCUCGAAAAGUUGGUCGCGGGCCUGCCAGCAAUGCGUGAGAAUGCCGAAAACGCCAACAUCACGAGCUUGGCAGCCAUCUCUGAGAUGGGAUCAAACGUGGCCAAGGUUAUAGUGGAGACGUCCAGAAAAGAAGAGGACGUACCCCGAGUUCUGGGUCUUCCACUCACAGAGGAUGCCCACCUCAAGCACUCUCUUCACCUUAGCCUUUCCUACUAUGAAGGGCUCAUGGCCGGAGCCAGGUAAACAAACGUUCCAUGAUCAUGUGAGGCGGUGAACAGGAAAGGAGAAUGCUUUCUGGAGUUGGGCAUCGUGUUUCGCAUGUCCUCAGGGGGGAGGGGGGAGGAAGCAAUAAUGUAUUAUGCUGUAGGUGUAGAUGCAUUCUGGGUUUUCUACCCAGCCUGCCAUUUGUAUUGCGAGUAUGACAUUGUCCACAGGACAGCCAUUAAUUAUCUUGUUCAACUUU